CGCGCAACUCCCGGCCCUCUCGCGCGCGCGCUCAUUAUCUACGCUUUUCACGACACAUGGCCGACGAGAGCUUUUCCGAACCGUAGAGGUUUACUUAUUUUCUAAAUUGGCAAUCUUUUAAUGCCGUCACUGUCAGCAACGUAUAAAAAUAAUACGUAUUUUUCGUAAAGUCCCGGAAUCCACUUGGCCUUUAAAUCGAUCACGUCGAGUUCAAUUUUUACUGCCGACUCAUCAAUAAAUUCAUAAAUUCUUCGCUGAAGUUAAUGACAUCUUGGCGGGAGAUCAAAAGAUUAGUCACGCUACAUCACAAACACUUCAAUCUUCAGACACUUUCUUCCUACUAAUUGUAAACAACAACAUUACCUAGCAAUGUAAACUAUAUUUUCCACAACUUUCCAUUUAGUUAUCGCUCUUACAGCUCAACAAAGGUUUAAUAUAAUUUUCACAAACAUAAAACCUCCACAGACUGGCAAGCGAUGGCCGCUACAUUCGAAUUUGGAAUUCUUAAAAUAAAAUUUAAUGUCGUUUGUUUCUGUCUUUCCAUGCAGCAAGUGCUCACAAGUACUACCAACUACUCAUAUUUUGAUUUAUAAUUCUAAGUAUACUGUAAUAUAAUAAAAUAUUUUUCUGUCGCUGGCAUAAUGCCCAGGUGUUUCAUGAACUCUGUGCGACGUCUCAAGAGGAGUUUCAUACAGGAAUUUGGCGAAUUUUCGGUCGAAAACGAAAUAAUAAAAUCUACGCGAGCUCCGAAAAUAAAUAUAAAGCGUCUGAAAAAUCUAUUAAAAACAAACGAAACUAUAUACCACGACAAAGUGCCGAUAUCAACGCGAUUCUAUCUACAAUUACUAAAGAAAAGUCAAUUCUUACAACACUUUCAAGAUUCUGAACCUUACGAAUACGCUUCGGAGAGCGAAAAAGCAGUAAAGUCACCAGAACUAACUAAAACAAAGAAUUUAAUUAAAAAAGAUGCGGACAAAACAUAUAAUUUGAGAUCGAGCGAAGCCAAAACGGAACGCAAGACGUAUGACAAAACGCAUCGUCGAAAACGGAACGGGUGCGAUAACGAAACGCAAUCAAUUUCCGAACUGAUACAGGAAGUUAACAGGAGGCGCAAGCCGAGGAAGGAACCUUUGGCGCCAAUUAUAGAAGAAAUUAAAAGCAGGGAACCGCUGAAAUGCAAUAACAAAGUACCUUCAUAUACAGGUGGUUCGGAAAUAGAUAAGAUAGCUGAAAAGCUGAAGAGUCUCGUGAAGGCCAGUGCUGAUGAGAAACUGGAUAAGGAGCUGCUCACGUGCACGGAGUCCUUCGACAUGGAGAGCGUGGAUGGCGCCGAGAGAGAUGACAACAAGGAGAAUGUUGAGCCCUCGGAAGCCCGCGAGUGGUCUGAACCGCGGCGCUACCCACGCGCGACGCACACGUGCUCCUACUGCGGCAAGGGCUUUGACCGGCCCUGGGUCCUGAAGGGCCAUCUGCGGCUGCACACUGGAGAGAGACCCUUCCCCUGCCCUCAUCCACACUGCGGCAGGACAUUUGCUGACCGUUCGAACCUGCGCGCUCACCAGCGCACGCGCGGCCACCACUCGUGGCAGUGGCGCUGCGCCGCCUGCGACAAGGCCUUCAGCCAGAGACGGUAUCUGGAGCGGCAUCGCGACGAUGCUUGCAGGAAGUACAAGAUGCACACAAGGAAUUCAUCAAAAUGCAAUACGAAGGUCCCCAAGCUGGAACCGACAGUUCCAAUGUACGGCAUCAUACGUCACAACGAUGCGAAGCUGGUGACCGACCUCACCGACUGCGAGGGCCCUAUAGACCUCUCCAUAGGAAAGAGGAGGACGGAAGAUGUAGACUAAGACUAGGUGUAAGAGUUAAUGUUAAUAAAUUAGUGGAUUGUU